UGCUCUGCUCGUCCAUUAAAGGAUGCCUUUGCCGACGCAGCUGCGAAGGCGCUACUGUCUAUGGGAGCUGCUGGUGUUCACCGCUAUGGUGACCGUGGAGUGCGCCAACGUCGGCGUCACCACCAUCUACAAAGCCGCAGUCACCAUGGGUUUGAACUACCACGUUUACAUGGCCUAUUCAUACGCCAUCGCCGCUGCCUUCCUCCUCCCUCUCGCUUCUCUCAUCCACAGGAAUACGCCGCUGCCUCCAUUAACCGUCGUCCUGCUCGGCAAAUUUUUCAUCCUCGGCUUUCUAGGGUUUACAGGACAAUACCUGAUGUAUUUAGGCAUAGCGUAUAGCAGUCCAACUCUCGGAUCCGCCAUGAGCAAUCUCACUCCUGCCUGCACCUUCUGCCUUGCUAUUCUCUUCAGGCUGGAAAAGCUAAAGCUGAGAAGUUUAAGUAGUCAGGCAAAGAUCAUCGGAGCUUCAGUAUCCAUUGCAGGUGCUCUAGUCGUCGUGCUCUACGAUGGCCCAAUGCUUAUACCUGCGCCUGAUAGGGACGACUUAAGAAUUUCAAUUAUCGAUCGUGUAAUGUCUGGUGCUCAAUACGAUUGGGUGCUCGGCGGCAGCUUGCUUGCUGCUGGAUACAUAGUCGCAUCCGUUUGGUACAUUUUCCAGGUUACAUAUAAUUACCAUUUUUGUGAAGGAGUACCCGGCAUAGUUCAUAUUAGUGUUCUUCUACAGUUUCUUUGCCUUCUGUCUAGCCUUGCCUGUCGGCAUUGCCUCCGAACCCCAUCUCAGCUCGUGGAUCAUUCCUACAAAUCUUCGCCUGGUGUCUGUGUUCCUAUCGGGUAUAGUUGGAACUGGAUUUGGGAUCAUGGUUCACACAUGGGGUUUGCACGUAAAGGGCCCUGUUUACGUAGCCCUGUUUAAGCCGCUGUCGAUCGCCAUUGCCGCCGCCGCAGGCGUCAUUUUCCUCGGAGAUCAGCUCUCUCUUGGCUGUGUGAUAGGAUCCAUAAUUAUUACAGUUGGAUUUUACACACUCAUGUGGGGGAAGAUGAAAGAGGGGAUGAUCGAGGAGCUGUCUCCACCGUCGGAUCAUCGUUCAGCGGCAGACUCAUCGGACGGCUCGGAUGAUAUCGUCGCGCCUCUCAUAAAACCUUGAAUUCAUUAGAAUAUGAAACCCGCAAUCCCUAUCCGAAAGUGCGCACUGAGUAAACCCCCGGCCGAACCUAAUAUCCUGCAAACCAGACCCGACGGAAAAGUCACACUAGGCGAUCCAUGUGUAACAGGUGAUCUGAGGCGUCGGAGGUUUGAACCCAUGACUUCACGGUCACAAGACCUGAGGUGUCCGAUAUAAUUGUUUUCUUUAUAUAGCAUCUAUUAUGCUAAUUUUUAUUUGUU